AUGACUCAAUCCACGUUUGGCAUGUUUGAAACAAGGCGCCUCCCUUCCCUGCUUGGUGCUCUCAUUGCAGUCUACCUCGCAGUCAAACUCAUCCGAAUCAUCCAGCGCACAAUCGACGCUCGUCGUCGGUUCAAAGAAAUCCCCCAGCUGCCCCGUCAUCCGGUAUGGGGCCACUUGGUCAAUAUGGGAGAGAAGCUCAACCCGGCUCUUCAAAGACAUCCCGACUAUGCAUUCGAAGAAAUCUGGGAAUCGUUGGAUCGACCCCCGGCUUUCCUGAUGGAUUUGAAUCCCGUUGAUGGUGUCUUUCUCAUUGUCGCGGACCCGGACGUCGCAGAGCAGAUCACCCAGCCUACUUCGACCUUCAAAUAUUCUCUUCCAAAAAGCGACACGUUAAUGUCCAUGUACCGCCUCAUUGGCCUUGAGUCUUUGAUCAUAGCCGAGGGUGAGGAAUGGAAGACCUUGCGAAGGCGGUUCAACAAGGGAUUCUCUCCCCAGCACCUGCACACGCUGGACGGGUUGAUUGUUUCCAAAACCCAAGAAUUUGUAGAUCGGUUGAAGUGCGCUGCGGCAAAUGGUGAAGUGUUCAGCCUCAAGGACUAUUCACAGGAUUUGACCACCGACAUCAUAACCACUGUCGCAAUCGAGAAGGAUUACCAUGCACAGACGACCCCGAACGGGGUUGGAUCAAAAGGCACCUUUGGUAUGCUGACGGCGUCGAGGCUGCUAUCGAAGCUAGUGUUUCCCGUCGGCAGGGGGUUUAACCCACUGAUCUAUUUUGAUCCUAUCCGGCCCACGAAGUCCUGGUUCUACGAGCAGGUGUUUAAUCGCGACUUGGCCAAGGUCAUCCGCGAGCAGUUAGCGGCUGAACAGAAGCAACUGCAAGAUUCGGUCAAGUCUGGGGCCGGUGGCAGUGGCCAAACCGGAUCACAGAGGUCCAUCACGCGCCUCGCAUUGUCGGGUCUGACCCCGGACGAGGCGCUGAUCCGCAAUACGGUAUCACAAAUCAAGAGCUUUCUGUUCGCUGGCCAGGACACAACCGCCACCCUUAUCCAAUGGCUCUGUUUCGAGCUAUCUAAAGCAUCAUGGUCUCCGUCGUCGGCAGCCAUCCUUGAGAAACUGGUCCAAGAACACGACUCAGUCUUUGGCAAAGAGGGCGGGCCCUUCAACGCCCUCGAUAUUCUAGGCCGCACGGAUGAAGAAUCUCGUAAACAGACUGAAGCCAUCCUCGGGAGCCGUCUGCCAUACACAACAGCGUUCAUCAAAGAGACGUUACGCUGUCAUCCCCCUGCCGCCACCGCACGACUGAUUCCGGAACUCUCGCCGGCGAAUCCAACGCCAACCACAUUGAAUCUGCGCACGACGAGCGGCGAGGAGAAAGAUGUGGAAGUCAAUGGCGUCAGGAUCUACGUGUGCGGAUACCUGGUUCACAUGAACAAGGCCGUGUGGGGGCCCGACGCUACCGUCUUUCGACCCGAUCGGUGGCUGGAUGAGAAAUAUGUAGCAUCAUUGCCGACCGGUGCGUGGCGGCCGUUCGAACGGGGACCGAGGAAUUGCAUUGGACAGGAAUUGGCAAUGGUGGAAGCUAAAGUCGUGCUUUGUGCCGUGGCAAGAGGCUUCCAGUGGGAGAAAGUAGGAUACUCAGGGAAAGGGCAGAAGACAGACACUGGGAGACCGCGGGGAGAUGGCAAGGAUGAUAAAGAGCGUGAGGUUUGGAGUGUCAACCAGGUCACAGCUGUGCCAGUCGAUGGGAUGACUAUGAAAGUGCAGUUGCGGAGCUAG